GUAUGUUUUUCCCCUUCCUCAUAGACUCAUCUGGCUCAGUUUUUCUUGAAUCCCCCCCCCCUCUUAAUGUGCUGUUAUUGUGGUAGACCUUUAUCUCUUCACAUCUAAAGCCCAAAAGCUGUAAAUCUCCCAUCCCUCUCUUUUCCUUUCUGAUUUGGUUUUCUUUAUUUCUCACUCAAAUCAAUACCGCUCUUCACUCACAGAAUACUCACUUCUGCUCCUGUUGAUGCUUAAAUGCAAAAUAAGCAUUCUGAUGAUUGAGAUUUCACUGGUUUUACCCAUAGUUUGAGUCUUUGAGAUAUUUGCGUUGGUUUAAGAUUUCGAACUCUUUGUUCAGGGCCAGGACUCGUGUGAAUAGAAUUUCUGGAUCUGCACUAUGGGUAGAGGAAAGGGAAAGAAACUGUCUGCGCGUGAGGAUCUCGGAAGUGGUGAAGAAGAGAAGAUAACGCCGGCCAGAAGAAGAGGAAGGCCACAGAAACCUUCCAAGGAUUUAACAGAGGGAAAAGAUGAAGUUGAGAAGGAUGUUGAAGAUGAAGGGGAGGGUGACGAUAAGAAAAACAACAUCUUGAGCAAAGACACCAAGAAUCAAGCUGCUGAGAAUGGGAAGAAGAGGAAACGGUCAUCUCCAAUGAAGGACAAUGGGGACUCUACCGAAGAGGAAAAAGGUUUGGGGAUUCAAACCAGCACUGAUGACUUGAUAAAGUCUGUAGGGUUCAGACAAAAUGGGAGCCGAAGGAAAAGCAAGCCUAGACGGGCAGCUGAAGUUGGCGUUGAAUGCAGAUGAACUUUCGGUUGGCUGUCCAUAGAUGAGACUCUAUGUUUGGUUGCAUAUGCCUUUCUGCAUUCCUUUCUCUCUUAUAUCCCCCGUUUUGAAAAUCCCAAUUUAGAAGAGCUUUGAAAGGGUUGGUUUUUGUAAAAAAAAUUCAAUCUUUAAGUACUCUUCCUAAAUUUAUUGUUGGUAGAUUCUCUGCUAGCUUUCUUCAUGGGUUAUGCAUAGUGUUAUCAAAACUAUAUUCUUAUAUUUCUCUGAUUUACCUCCCAAGAACUUCACAUAAAUUUUUUGGCCAUGA